GAAGUGUGUUAGUGAUCGACGUGCGGAAGGCGGGGGCAGGCUUCCGCGGGCUGGAGCAGAUCUCCAAAGCCGGGCCCUGGUGAGCAAAGAUCCUUAUUGCUAUAAGAUCUUUGCUAUAAGAUCUUUGCUGAAUCAAGUGUCAGCGAUUCCUGGUUCUCCCAUGCCAGCAUGGAGCAUGAAACCUGCCAACUUCAAAGUGCUUUGCGGCGAUCAUCACAGCUUGGGCAAGAUGUUCUCCAUCGUGCUCUGAGAAGGAGAGUUCGGUGGUCGAUUGAUGGGUCAAGGGGAAUAGAGGGGACAUCCAUUCAGAAAGAGAAGUGUGAAACAGAGUGUCCUGACAUCGAUGAAGCCUUUGCUUCUUUCAUGCAUUGUAUGGCUUGCAUGACAAGGCAGUGUAAGCUGUACUACAAGAGUGUACCAAUGUGUGCAAGAGAUGAAAUGGAGGUAAAUCAUAUCCAAAGUUAUCACACAGGCCUGAAAUGUCACAAGUGUUCAUCAAGCUCUCAUGCUCCGAUUAAAUGUACUGACAAGGUUCAUAUUCAAGUGGCCCCAGGUUCUUAUGCAGUGACAGCCAAAUCAAGAUGGUCUGACAGAGAACAGACGCGUGUUAUACACUUGGGACGAGACCAGACCGUAGAUCUAAUUUUUAACAUAUGAACUGUGAUGAGUACAGGACUGCAACAUUGGGUAAUACCCAAAGUACCCCUGUGUUUUUUUUUUCCCAGGGGAGAUUUGUAUUUUCUGCUUCAAUACAAUGGUUCUCGGGCAUGUUUUAUUAAAAUGCUGUUUCU